CACGUCGUAGCUACUGAAAUGAAUCCCGCCUUUUCUCUUUCUUUCUCCCCCAAAAGGCCCCCCCCGUCCUGCAAGAAUCAGCCCAUAUUUCCCCACACAUGUAACGCUGUAUUAUUAUCUGGCUCGCCCCGCAGCGGCAGUUCCGCGAUUUAGCGGUUUGAAAUCGCUCAUGCUUUCAUCGCAUGGACGUCAAUCAAUACGCCGGCGAGAAUCUUCCCGCUCCUAGCAAAUUUAUGCGAAACAAGAUGCCAGCCGUCAAUGCAUCUCCUUCUAGAAGUCCUACGAUUCUCACCCUAAACCCACAGCUAGAAGCUGCAUGGAUACCGGGAAGCGAUGUUGAAACAGAAAAUAGAGCUUAAAAAAACGACGAGUGCCGAAGAAAAAAGGAAACAAAAUGCCCAUGCCAGCCAGCCCCUUUCCUACCCUACCCUACCCUACCCUUGGCUUCUCCUCACACAGCUGGCGGGAGCUUAAAACACUCGAGCAUUCGCUAGGCAUUGCCCAGCCUGUGCCUGUCUUCGAGUCGCUGCACAGGCCUGCCUGUCUGCCGAUCCGGGCUCGCCGUUGGACUUUGCGAACAGUCCAUCUCAUU